UGUCUCUUUCCCUUCACCACUGAAUUCGAGGUCAGAUGUCUUAUCAAUCUCAAGUUCAGAUUUUUAUGCGUGCCCAUAUGUCGUUUGAGUGUCUUAUUGUCGAUUCCGAAUUGGGUCUCGGCUGUUUAAUUUAUCCAAUUGGACAAUUCAUGAUUGAGAGUAAUCUUGUGACCAUGGUGGGUGGGUGGCUGGAGCUGAACCCCUGAUAUGAUCGGAUUAGCUUGAAAAAAUUGCAACUUUGCUCUAUCUACAUGUUGUAUUGUUAGAGUCUCCAAAGCAAUCAGGAUAUUGUUGUCAAUUGUUUGGUCGAGCUUUUUUAACUUUACCUUUGUAGUAAGCAGAUUCUGCUGCUACCUCUUGCAGUGACUUGGGCGUGGAACCCUUGUGGUUAUGUCUUCAUCGUUCCCAGUUCUUCAUACUACCAUCGAAGACAAUUACCCCAAGUCGCCGAACACUUUCCAGAUGCCUUCCGAGAGGGAGCUAAUGAGAAACUCUUUCCCUCAGCAGGCUAUUCCAAUUGGUCCCAGUAGUGGGACAGUUGAGCAGCUGUUCUCCUCGCCUUCUUCCAGAUUUGUUACCAGCGAAAUGUAUGCCCCUUCAGUUUCUUCGCCCCAGGGAAAGCAUUCCCUGAAUUCACCAUUCAUUUCCCAAUCAGCAAGCGGCAGAGAGAGCUUGCCAUCGUUGCUGUCUUCCCAUACUGAAGUACAAUCCUCGACUUUGGGCAGUACCCACUCUGGAGAGAGUAAUAAUAAUAACAAUAAGACGAAUCCUUGGUUGUCCAUGGAUUCAAUUCCUGACUUUCUCGAUUUCCCCGAGAAUGUGUCUAUCCAAAAUGCUUGUCAGGAGGAGACUGCAUGUGUAGUUGGGUCUGAAGAUCCUACGAAGAGAACAACAGAUUGGCAGUGGGCGGAUCAGUGGAUAUCGGUUGAUGAUAAUCUCAAUUCGGACUGGAAUGAAAUUCUUACUGGAGUUGCUGCUACUGAGAACAAAGAAAAGGCGCCACCACAAUCUUCUAGUAACUCGGUGCCAACUAUCUCAGUUGAACAACCUCAAGUGAAUCAGCAGCAAGCUGUGGUUAGUGGAGAAGUAAUCUCUGUUGGCACCCCACUUUCCUCUGCACCAACAGCAACCAAACCCAGAAUGAGAUGGACACCAGAGCUUCAUGAGGCUUUUGUGGAAGCAGUCAAUCAGCUUGGUGGCAGCGAAAGAGCUACUCCAAAGGGCGUCUUGAAGUUGAUGAAUGUCGAAGGGUUGACGAUUUAUCAUGUCAAAAGCCACUUGCAGAAGUAUAGGACAGCGAGGUACAAACCGGAGCCAAGUACUGAAGGUAACUCUUAAUAUCACACUUAUCAUAGUUUCCAUGUAUCAGCUAUUGUCCCGCACCCAGAGAUUUGUAUGUUUAAUCUUCAUUUGAUCCUUAUCUUCUACUGUGUUCUGAAUAGAACAUUGUUGAACUGUUCAAUUUAAAUAAUGUUGAAAUUUAUUAUUCCCUUUUUCCCUUCAGACGACUCAGAGAAAAAGUUGAGUUCCAUUGACGAAAUGAAAUCUCUGGACUUGAAAACGAGCAUAGGGAUAACUGAAGCUUUGAGACUACAGAUGGAAGUUCAGAAGCGAUUACAUGAACAACUCGAGAUUCAGCGAAACUUACAGCUGAGAAUCGAAGAACAGGGGAGGUAUCUGCAGAUGAUGUUUGAGAAACAAAAGAUGGGAGAGGACAAAGCCAAGUUUCCUACCAAUUCUACUUCAGCCAAUGAUCCAACGUCAACUGCAGUUCAGCAUUCUCCAGACGGUAAAUUAGAAGCCCCCGAUGGUGAUGGAGCAGAAAUUCCAGAAAAAGAGACGAGCAAGAAAAGUCUGCAUGAUGACCAAACUGGUGACAGUGAGUCCAGUCCAGUGCAGGGAAAACGGAAAAGGACAGACCAAACAUCAUCUUCAGCAUCAGUAUAGUCUCCAGUCUCAACCCUGUGAUCAGGUUUAUUUGGACAUAUGUAUUAGGGAGGGGAGAUGCGAAUUCGGGAAGUUUUGUGUACUCUAGAUUCUUGCUUCUUCAGCGUUUGCUGUAGAAGUGAAUGUUUUAGCAGGUACUAGUUCUACCACCGUGAUAAUGGCAAAGCGAAUUUCCUGACUUUAUGAUUCUUCUGCCAUCUCUAAUCUAGGAUGGUCUGUGACUGAUGGUGAUGUAUAAAUUGUAUAAACGUAGGACUGCUGCUUCGUUUGAAAGUAGUUGGUCUAGUUUGAUAUGGCAUUCUUGUACAGAUUUUCUUAUUCUGAAACACUUGGUCCGAAGAUGUCAACUACCUUCUGACUAUCCGAUGCUUGCUGGUGUAACUACUAACUCAGUUCAGUUCUUAAAGAGAAGAGAAAUGGAGGCGGGGCAAUCUUUCUUUAUGAGAAAAUGACUGGUUGCUUAUAUGGUGUGUAUGAUCCAAC